CCACCCACCACCACACUCCUCUAACUCGGGGGAGUGUGCACGGAUCCCGAGCGCAGAGCGCCACCUCCACCCUACCAGAGACAACGCUCCUCAACCCGGGGACCCACACACAGGCUUCCACGCAGCAAUGGCAGACACGGCACCCACCGACAGCAGCAGCUCAGAGGUCGUGGAGAACGGUGUUCCGACCGCCCUGCUCCUAGCCGGGUCCCCUUCGCCGGGGUUCCCCGUGCUCGUGGAAGGGGUCCCCAUUAACGGACCCCUGUUGGACGCGCGCGCCGGCGAGAAGUUCCUUCUGGAUGUGUUCCCCAUCAUCUUCCAGGAAGCCGUGGUGAAGGGCACAGACGUCAAUGAGAAGGUGUGUGAGUGGCGCCACCCCGCGGAGCUGCGCGCGCUGCUGGACGUGGAGUUGGGGGAGUGCGGAGAGCCCCACCGGCAGCUGCUGCAGCGCUGCAGGGACGUCAUCGCGUACAGCGUCAAAACAGUUCACCCGCGCUUCUACAAUCAGCUGUUCGCCGGCCUGGACUACCACUCCCUGGCUGCUCGCUGGAUUACCGAGGCGCUCAACGCCAGCGUCUACACGUACGAGGUGGCCCCGGUAGGGGUGCUGCUGGAAGAGGAAGUGCUGAGGACGUUGCGGAAGAUGAUCGGGUGGACCUCGGGAGACGGAAUCUUCUGUCCGGGAGGCUCCGUGUCGAACAUGUGCGCGAUGAACGUGGCCCGCUACCGGCUGUGUCCGCGCGUGAAGACGGCGGGGCUGAGCGCACUCCCUCGCCUCGUCCUCUUCACCUCGGGCGAGGCUCACUACUCCAUCCAGAAAGCGGCCGCCUUCCUUGGCAUCGGCACCGACAACGUGAGGUCGGUGGCGGUGGACGACCGCGGAAAGAUGAUCCCAUCAGACCUGGAGAGGAAAGUCGAGGAGGCGAAGGCUGAGGGUGCUGUACCCUUCAUGGUGGUGCUCACCGCUGGCACGACGGUGCUGGGGGCGUUCGACCCGAUCGUCGCAGUGGCCGACAUGUGUGAGCGCUGGGGCCUGUGGCUGCACGUGGACGCGUCGUGGGGAGGGAGUGCGCUGCUCUCCCAUCGACACCGCCACCUGCUCGACGGUAUACACAGGGUGGACUCGGUGGCGUGGAACCCGCACAAGAUGCUCAUGUCCGGACUGCAGUGCUGCGCGCUGCUGCUUCGCGAUGACACCGGACUGCUGCGGUCCUGCCACUCGGCCAGUGCCUCGUACCUCUUCCAGACGGACAAGUGCUACGACUCUGCGCACGACCCCGGGGACAAGUCCGUGCAGUGCGGCAGGAGGGACGACGCCCUCAAGCUGUGGCUCACGUGGAAGGCGUGUGGUCGGCACGGGCUGGAAGCCCGCGUCGAUCGCGCGUUCGCGUGCGCCAGGUACCUGGCUGAUGAGAUCAAGCACAAGGAAGGAUUUGAGCUGCUGAUGGAGCCCGAGGGGACCAACGUCUGCUUCUGGUUCAUCCCGCCCAGCAUGAGGGGGCAGCCGAGGGGGCAGCUGUUCUGGCAGAAACUGGACAAGGUCGCCCCUGCCAUCAAGACACGCAUGAUGCUCGCAGGGUCCAUGAUGGUUGGCUACCAGCCCCACGGUGACCGCGUCAACUUCUUCCGCAUGAUCCUCAUCUCCCCGAGCGUGCGACGGGAGGACCUCGAUUUCUGCCUCAGCGAGAUCGAACGCCUAGGCUGCGACCUCUGACCUUCGGGAUUAACCCCCCCCUCCCAUCCCCUCACAUCCCUAGAACCCCCAACACCACAUCAACCCCCCUAACUCCUCCCGAGAGACGAGACAGUGGACGACCCAAUCCACCUCCCCACCCCCCACCUCCCCACCCCCCACCUCCCCCACCCCC